AUGGGAGGAGGAGAGGGAGGGAUGAGUAGUGUGCAAAGAGGGGGAUUCAGGCAGGCGCAGUGAAAACAGAAUGUCCAGCAUCUCUCAUCUUUAUCAGCUCAGCACAAGAUGUCCCAGGUUCUUCCCACGUGACCUUCUGUUCAGAUGCAUCCAAUGGUAACACAGGAUUGGGCUCACUGCAUAUUGACUGACCAAUGGCACCAUAGUAGUAACACCAGAUCCAACCAAUCAGCUGUCAGAGGUACAUUGGUGCUAUGCAGAAUCACGCUGACAGACAACAACAAUGGGACAAAGAGACUAAGACAAACAGGGAUAUGGUUCCAGAUUCAGAGGAGUCUUCAGUUUCCCAAACCCAGCCCGAGAUGAACUUAUGUUGGAAUGAAAUUAAGAAGAAAUCCCAAAGCCUGCGGGCUCGUCUUGAAUCAUUUUCUGAUCCGACUCUCAAGCUGCACCCACCCUUGCAGGAAAUCAUUGACUGGCUUGGGCAGAAGGAUGAGGAGCUGUCAGCCCAGUUACCUCUUCGGGGGGAUUUGGCUAGUGUUCAACAAGCCAAAGACAAACAUGUGAGUUUUAUGGAGGAGGUGAAAUCACGGGGUCCAUACAUAUACUCAGUUUUGGAGUCUGCUCAGACCUUUCUCACCCAGCACCCUUUCAAUGAUGAAGAUGAGGAUGCGACACAGGGCAAUGAUAGUUCCCCCAGGAGCCGAGUAGAGACCCUCAGCCGAUUGCUCUGGAAACAAGCCAGCAUAGCUAGUGAGCUGUGGGACAGACUAACUGCUCGUAGCCUUGACCAGCACCGGCACUUGGAGAGAACAUUGGAGCAAAUUCAGGAGCUUGGAAUCUCCAUGAAGGAGGCGGGAGACUCUUUAGGACAAACAGAAAGUGUCCAGGCCUCGUGGGAACCUAUAGGGGAUCUGUUUAUAGAUUCCCUGCCAGAUCAUAUUCAGACUACCAAGCUGUUUAAGGAGGAGCUAUCACCUAUUAAAGACAUGGUUAAGUUGUCAAAUGACCUUGCACACCAGCUAGCCCUUUGUGAUGUCCAUUUGUCCAUGGAGAAUGCAAGAGAGCUUGAAAACAUUAACAGCCGUUGGAAACAGCUGCAGGCUUCUGUAGGAGAGCGACUCCGACAACUUCAAGAUGCACACCGUGAUUUUGGACCUGAGUCCCAGCACUUCUUGUCCUCAUCAGUGCAGGUUCCCUGGGAGAGAUCCAUCUCACCAAACAAGGUUCCAUAUUAUAUCAAUCACCAGGCUCAGACCACAUGCUGGGAUCAUCCCAAGAUGACAGAGCUUUAUCAGGCGCUGGGAGAUUUAAACAACAUAAAAUUUUCAGCAUAUCGUACAGCAAUGAAACUUCGAAGGGUACAGAAAGCUCUUAGACUGGAUCUCGUCACUCUCCCACUCCUGUCUCAGAUAUUUACCUGCGAUACUCUGCAAUCACCAGAGCGCUACCUGGAUGUGCUGGAUGUAAUUCGCUGCCUUAGCUCUUUGUAUGAACGGCUGGAAGAAGAGAGAGGACUUCUGGUCAAUGUUCCCUUGUGUGUGGACCUGACGCUCAACUGGCUGCUAAAUGUCUUUGAUGGAGCAAGAAAUGGGCGGAUCAGGGUCCUUUCGUUUAAGGCUGGGAUUGUGUUCUUGUGUGACUGUGAUGUGAAGGGAAAGUUGCAAUACCUUUUCUCUCAGGUCACCAGCCCAGGGAGCACCUGUGACCAGAGGCAGCUUGGUCUUCUCCUUCAUGAAGCCAUCCAGAUCCCCCGGCAGCUGGGAGAGGUUGCAGCCUUUGGGGGAAGUAAUGUGGAGCCAAGUGUUCGGAGCUGCUUCCGAUUUGGUAAUGGAACGGCACACUUAGAGCUCUCUCAGUUUUUGGAAUGGGGUAGCUUAGAGCCUCAGUCUAUGGUCUGGCUCCCAGUUCUACAUCGUGUGACUUUAGCUGAGACUGUCAAACACCAAACAAAGUGUUCUCUCUGUAAACAGUGUCCAAUAAAAGGCUUCAGGUACCGCAGCCUGAAACAGUUUGGAGUGGAUAUCUGUCAGUCCUGCUUUCUUACUGGCCAGGCUGGGAAAGUGAACAAACUCCACUAUCCAAUAAUGGAAUAUUACACACCCACAACCUCUGGGGAGAAGAUGAGGGAUUUUGCUACCACUCUUAAAAAUAAAUUCAGGACCCGACAGUAUUUCAGUCGACACCCUCAGCGUGGCUAUCUACCCGUGCAGUCUGUGUUAGAAGCUGAAGUGGCCGAUACGCCGGCCUCCUCUCCGAUGCUCCCCCAUGCAGAUACUCACUCAAGGAUAGAGCACUUUGCAAGCAGGCUCGCAGAGAUGGAAAGUCAGAAUUGUUCCUUCUUCACAGACAGCCUCUCUCCUGAUGACAGCCUUGAUGAGGACCAGUAUCUGCUACGGCAUUCCAGCCCAAUAACAGACCGCGAUCCCUGCAACACACCACAGAUUUCUGGGAACCUAAACCCUGAGGAGGACGAGGGAGAGCUUGAGAAAAUCCUUGCCCACCUUGAGCAUGAAAACAGAAUCCUUCAGGGUGAACUGAAAAGACUGAAAUGGCAGCAUGCAGAAGCUGGAGAGGUGUCAGCGCUGGGGGAAGUGUCUCCAGACGCAGGGGGCAACGGUGUAGGAGAUGCACAGAGUGAGGAGCUACUAAGUGAGGCAAGAAUCUUACGGCAUCACAAGAACCGCCUGGAGACCCGCAUGCAGAUACUGGAGGACCACAACAAGCAACUCGAGUCUCAGCUUCAUAGACUUAGGGAGCUUCUUCUUCAGCCCAACACAGAUGAGGGGAAGCCCUCCUCUUCAUCAUCCUCCCCAGAUUCUCAAAGCAAGUGUCCAGCAGAAAGGAAUGCUGGGACCCCAGACACUGAAGCAGCAGAUGACGUGGAAAGUCGGACCAGAGAAGUGGGCUUGUGCUUAGAGGACAUCAUGGAGAAGCUCAGAAAUGCCUUCCCUGAUACCAGAGCUAGUGACAUUGCCCAUGUGAAGUCCCAUACUCUGCCAUUGUGACACUGGUCUCAAGAGUGGAUCAUAGGAAAGCAAUGGUCGCCUUUGAAAGAGAAGGUUCAAAGCAUCUCAUUUUUACAGCCUACAAGGAGAGCCACCAACACGUGUCUACUACACAAUAGGGUCUAUAUCAGCUUGGACUGAUGCAGACACUUACUUUUCUAUGAUGUCUCCUAUUAUCCCCAUAAACAUAUUUGCUCAUCUGAACAAGAAUGUCUAUGGGCAACAGUCUGGGCUCAGAUGAUUAAUAAUAAGCUUAUUAAAGUGAUGCUGACACUAAAAAAAAUAUUUUCAAAAUAUUAAUCUACAUUAAAAGUUACAUAUAGGUCACCA